AUGCCCUUAGAAAUUACAGACACAGCUGAAACAGUAUUUGCCAAAUGUGCAAUGGAUAUAGUGGGUCAACUAGAUGUAUCUAGUACAGGGAAAAGGUACAUGCUAAGAUUCCAAGACGAUCUGAGAUUAAUAGAAUGUGGAGUACUAGAUCAGCAAGUUGCACAUCACGUGGAAAAGAUUACAGGUCUGCAGAAACUCGUACAGCAGCUCACAAAACACGACAACAGAAGAAAGAGAGGAGUAUUCAACUUCGUCAGACAGGUAAGUAAAAUACUGUUCGGAACAUUGGACGAAGCGCACGCAGCGUCCUAUAAAGAAAGAAUAGACGCUAUGGAGAGGAAUUCUGAAGGGUUGGUGAGGUUAACUAAGGAACAGGUGGCAGUGGUAAGGGCCACAUUAGCGGGAGUAAACAGAACAGUAUAUACACUAGAAUCAAAUGAACACAUUCUAAGGACAGGCAUGCAGAGACUAGAAAGGUUCAUGAAGGAAUACGUGAAGGAAACAGAUAUGGGUUUCAAACGAGUAGCAUCUUUUGCCACUGUAACGGAACAAGUAUUACAAUUAGCGGCAGUGUUUGCCCAAAUCGAAGAGGAAUACGAGCAGAUGAUAAAUGCCACUGUAAAUGCUCAAAAUGGAAUACUGCAGCCUCACAUCAUUAAUACAGUCCAAAUUGAGAAGUAUCUAAGUUUAAUACGAGACGAAUUAAAGGACGUGAAGUUUCCUGUUCCUCUCGCGGAGUCGUCAGGCUACCUCUUGUUAAUAAUAAUUGAUUUAGAUGUUUUCAUUUCCGGUAGCAUACUAGGGUACGUAAUUAAUAUUCCUUUAAUAGAUAAUAAUAAUAAUAAUAAUAAUCUGUAUAGAGUUCUCCCAUUACCAAAGGAGAUCCCAGAUAUGAAAGGAAGGUACGUAUACAUAGAGCCAGAGAAAGAAUUUCUACUGAUAGAUGAAUCCAAAAGGCAGUACGCGAAACUUUCUGCGGAUGAACUAAAAUGUAAAGAACUGAGUAAGAAUAGAAGACUGUGCAGACAGUCAUUCGCAUUGCUAUCGACAUUCGACCAUGAGGAAUGCGAAGCCAAAUUGUUACAACCGGUAAGAGAAAUUCCGGAAGAUUGUGUGCGAAAAUUAGUCGCACUGAAUCAGAGCCUUUGGACCCAUCUAAAAAGUAACGAAUGGCUAUAUGUAGCUCCUAAGGAAGAAUGACUGACAGUAUUAUGUGGAAAGGAACCCCCGAAGGACUUAUUAAUGAAAGGAGUAGGAAAGAUAAGUUUUUAUAAUAAAUGUAAAGGGUAUGGAACGAGAGUGUUCGUACAAACAGAUAGAGUAAUUAAUAGUAACGUAACAAAGAAAGAUAUAAUACCUCAAAUUAAUUUAGAAUUUGACUGUUGUGUUGUAAACGAAGAAAAGAAAAAUGUCUCAAUGCUAACGUUAGAUUUACCACUGGAGCAGGUAGUAACACAAUUAGACGAUUUGAAAGUCGCUGGGAAAAGACUCGAUGAUGUCCAGCGAAUGGCAGAAAGGCAGGAGGAAGAACUAAAAUAUUCCAGAUAUUUUACACAUUACUCAAUAACUACAUACGACAGCCGUCUGGAGAGUAGCAUUCUGGAGGAGACCCAUUCACGAGCAGAGACGACAGACGACGCGAAUGAUGUUGGAGGCGGGUGGUGCCAUACAUCCUCCCACAAACGGCUGCUUAUUAGCUGGCUCGACUGCAGCGAAGGCCGCCUGGAAACCAGCUGGAUGCAGGCACAGCAACAGGUAGCACGUGCCUCCACUGCUAGCCGGUCACCAGCUGGCUGCAGGUACACGCACCCUCGUGGCUCGCAAGAGUCUUUGGCACUCCCAGAGAGCAGCGGCGAAGAAACUGCUGUUCGCCCAGAGGGCAAUCUCCACGCUGGAUAUCGUGGUAAUGCUGCCCAGAGUGACGGCACACACACAUUGGUACUGGCUGGCAUCUGCUUCAUUAUUGUCGCUGACUCAGUUUGGUCGUGGACAACACUGCUGGCCACUUGA